ACACAUGGUAAAGGUGUUGGUUCAUUCAUUCCCCACAAAUGCAAAACUGGAAUCUGAAUCAACCACGUCUGCUCCAAAGAAUCCGAAAACUAAAAAUUCCAAACUCAACCAUUGGUUCCCAGUUAACUUAGGAACCAACAAUGGCCCCUCAAUCUCAUUUCACCUUCAAUUCCUCUCUAAUUCUCCUCAUUGGCCUAAACCUAGCCACUAAUUUUCAUUUUCAACACCACAAAUAUAUUAAUUUUCAUUCCUUGUUCCUUUGUAAUGCAUUAUAAAUCACACUUUCUUCCUUCUCUUCUAUUCCCUUCUCCAUCAUGUUCGUGUAGCUCAAAUUUAUGGUGAUUGGACUGGUAGAUGUGCAACAAGAAACCCCCGAUUUUGAUUAAGGUUUUUGGGUAUUUUUAACCAGUUCAAUCAUGGAAAUUUUUUGCUAUGUGUGCUCAGGUUCUUCUUCAGCAAUGGUGUUUGAUAAAGUAUCCAUCUUUAUUUCAAAUGCUGCUGCUACUGCUAACCCAUUACCAAGAUUUUUCAGAGCUCACUGCCCAAUUCAAUAUCAACAUCAAUCAACUCUUCGUUGCUCGAAUUCGAGUUCGAGCUCAAGAAAGAGUAGUAUCAUGAAUGGAAGAGAUGAUAAAAUCAAUGGUGGAAAUAAUAACCCUUCUAAUAUUCCUAAGAGAAGGAGUAGAAGAAGGCAAACUACUUCUCCAUCACCAAUAGAGCAAAAGAAUUUGAAUUCUAACAAGGGUCUUAGUCAAAAUGGGGACCCACUUGGUAGAAGGGAUCUUGGGAAGUCGGUUGUGAAGUGGUUGAAGCAAGGGAUGAGAGCAAUGGCAGCUGAUUUUGCUGAUGCAGAGUUAAGAGGUGAUUUUAUGGAGGUGGAACAAAAAUUGGGCCCUGGACUUACAUUUUUGAUUGAGGCUCAGCCUUAUCUCACUACAAUUCCAAUGCCUUCUGGUCUUGAAACUGCUUGUUUGAAGGCUUGUGCUCAUUAUCCUACCUUGUUUGAUCAUUUUCAACGCGAGCUUAGGGAAGUUCUUCAUGGGUUGCAGAGCCAGGCGGUUUUGGAUGACUGGAAAGAGACUCAGUCUUGGAAGUUGCUCAAGAAACUGGCUAAUUCAGCUCAACACAAAGCCAUAGCUCGGAAGGCCUCGCUGCCAAAGCGUGCUGUUGGUGUUUUAGGGAUGGACAUUGACAAGACUAAAAAGAUGCAGAGCAAUAUUGAUCAAUUCACAAAGCGCAUGUCAACUUUGCUUCGUAUUGAAAGGGAUGCAGAGUUAGAGUUUACUCAAGAAGAAUUGAAUGCUGUGCCUUCACCUAAAGAGAAUUCAAAUGUCUCAAGACCAAUUGAAUUUUUAGUCACCCAUGGGCAAUCACAACAAGAACUUUGUGAUACUCUCUGUAACUUAGUAGCAGUUAGCACUUCAACUGGACUAGGUGGAAUGCAUUUGGUGCUGUUUAAAGUUGAGGGAAAUCACAGAUUACCUCCUACUACAUUAUCACCAGGAGAUAUGGUCUGUGUGAGAACGUGUGAUAGCAGAGGCGCGGGUGCAACAUCAUGCAUGCAGGGUUUUGUUGACAAUUUUGGGGAGGAUAGAUGCAGUAUUAGUAUUGCGCUUGAGUCUCGACAUGGUGAUGCCACAUUUUCAAAGCUCUUUGGUAAACUCGUGCGUAUUGAUCGCAUUCCUGGAUUAGCUGACACACUGACAUAUGAGCGUAACUGUGAGGCAUUGAUGCUACUUCAGAAGAGUGGUUUGCAGAAGAAAAAUCCAUCACUUGCUAUUGUGGCUACACUGUUUGGUGAUAAAGAAGAUGUUGAUUGGCUGCAGGACAAUGGGUUGACAGAUUGGAAUGGAGUAGAAGUGGGUGAUUCGUUGGAGGGUAGCAGUUUUGAUGAAUCCCAACAAAGAGCAAUUGCCUUGGGUCUGAAUAAAAAACGGCCCAUGUUGGUCCUCCAAGGGCCACCAGGUUCCGGAAAAUCAGGGUUGCUGAAAAAACUCAUCGGAUUGUCCGUUAAACGUGGUGAAAAAGUGCUUGUCACAGCUCCAACAAAUGCAGCUAUUGAUAACUUGGUUGAGAAACUUUCAAAUACUGGGAUAAAUAUUGUGCGAAUGGGGAAUCCUGCACGAAUAUCUGCAGCUGUUUCGUCAAAAUCAUUAGGAGAGAUUGUUAAUACCAAAAUGGAGAAAUUCAGGACAGAAUUGGAAAGGAAAAAAUCAGAUCUACGAAAAGACCUGAGUCUUUGUCUAAAAGAUGAUUCAUUAGCCGCUGGCAUACGUCAGCUCAUAAAGCAACUUGCUAAGACAUUAAAGAAGAAGGAAAAGGAGAUCGUUAGGGACACACUGUCAAGUGCUCAAGUUAUUCUUGCUACUAAUAUUGGAGCUGCUGACCCACUGAUCAGGGGGUUGGGGCCCUUUGAUUUGGUUGUUAUAGAUGAAGCUGGGCAAGCAAUUGAACCGUCGUGUUGGAUUCCAAUGCUGCAGGGAAGGCGCUGUGUGCUUGCAGGUGACCAGUGUCAGCUUGCUCCUGUGGUGCUUUCUAGGAAUGCACUUGAAGGAGGUUUGGGAAUCUCUCUCCUAGAGAGAGCAGCAAAUUUACAUGGAGGAAUUCUCAUUUCAAAGUUGACGAUUCAAUACCGGAUGAAUGAUGCCAUUUGUAGCUGGGUUUCAAAGGAAAUGUAUGGUGGGUUGUUGAAGUCAGCUGCAAAUGUCUCAUCUCAUCUUCUCAUAGAUUCUCCUUUUGUCAAGCACACGUGGAUAACUCAAUGCCCUUUGCUUUUGCUGGAUACAAGAAUGCGGUAUGGAUAUUUGUCUGUUGGUUGUGAGGAACAAAUGGAUCCGGCUGGCACUGGCUCUUUCUUCAAUGAAGGGGAGGCAAAUAUUGUUAUCCAGCAUGUCCUCUCAUUGGUUUAUGCAGGUGUGAGCCCUAAAGCCAUUGCCAUCCAGUCUCCUUAUGUUGCUCAAGUGCAACUGUUGAGAGAGAGUUUCCAUCAAAUCCCAGAGACUAGAUUCGUUGAAGUAGCCACAAUCGACAGUUUUCAAGGCCGGGAAGCAGAUGCAGUCAUAAUCUCUAUGGUUCGAUCAAACACAAUGGGUGCCGUUGGCUUCCUUGGAGAUAGCAGGCGAAUGAAUGUAGCCAUAACAAGGGCACGGAAGCACGUUGCGAUUGUAUGCGAUAGCUCAACUAUAUGUCACAACACUUUCCUUGCUAGGCUUUUGCGACAUAUUCGAUAUUUCGGAAGGGUCAAAUAUGCCGAUAACCUUGGAGGUCCUGGACUCGACUCAAAUCCUAUGUUGCCAUCCAUAAGUUGAUGCAACUAGACCGAUCCUUGUAUUACGGAUUUCUUGAUGAUUUUGCAGGCACAUAAGUUAGACCACCUAUUGAUUUUCUUCAAAAAGUUGAUAUCCCUCCGUAUUUGAUACUUGUAUAGCAUUCAAUAUUGACUAUUUAAAUUCAUUUAUCAUUAAUAUAGACUUGUACAAUAAACAUGAUAUAUGCUGACAUUUAAUUAUGAUAUUUUUAAUUAUAAUAUCUAA